GUGUGAUGUUAAGCGGUAAAAGCAGUUGUACACAAAAACUCAAGCCAUAAGGGCAGGCAUGGAAGACAAGGAUGAAGAGGAAAGAUGUUUAUACCCGAGCCUGGUUCCGUUCAGCUGGGAGAUUAAAGCCAAGAUGGAGCAGUUUGUGGAGGAGAGGACAGAGGCCAGUUUGUGGAUUUCUGUGCUGGUGGGAGCUGUGAUAACCAUUUCAUUCCUUGGAUUUGUGGUGUUAUUUCUUUACAGGCGAUACAAACGAUCAAAGGAAGAUGCUGGUGUUCCUCAUUACCGUUUCAGAAAAAGAGACAAGGUGAUGUUCUAUGGGCGGAAGAUCAUGAGAAAGGUUCAGACGCUUUCCACAACUCCUGCUUCGAACUCAAACUCAGCCUUACGGCAGAGAGGAAGGAAGAGGACUAAAGUGCUGUCCAUAGCUCGCAAGAUUUUGCGUCUCCGCAGAGAGCCACCCACCCUCCAGCCGAAGGAGCCUCCUCCAUGUCUGCUGGAGGCUGACCUAACCGAGUUUGAUGUACAGAAUUCCCACCUGCCUUCUGAGGUGCUGUACAUGCUGAAAAAUGUCAGGGUGCUUGGUCACUUUGAGAAGCCACUCUUCCUGGAGCUGUGUCGUCACAUGGUGCUGAUCCAGCUUCAUCAGGGAGAGGGACUCUUUCGACCUGGAGACAUUGAUGACAGCAUUUAUGUGGUCCAAGAUGGCCGCCUGGAGCUGUGCAUUCAUGAGAGUGAUGGUACUGAUGCUGUGGUGAAGGACGUGUUACCAGGAGACAGCGUUCACAGUCUCCUUAGUAUCCUGGAUGUCAUCACUGGUUAUCCGGCUCCAUACAAGACAGUGUCUGCCAGGGCUGCGGUUCCGUCCACCGUCCUGCGCCUCCCAGCUGUUGCUUUUCAAUCUGUCUUUGAGAAAUAUCCUGAGACUUUGGUCCGUGUCAUCCAGAUCAUUAUGGUGCGUCUGCAAAGAGUGACCUUUCUUGCCUUACACAACUACCUCGGUCUUACCACUGAGCUUUUCAACCCGGAGAGUCAAGCUAUCUCCUUAGUGUCUGUGGCAAAUGUCCUGGGUGAAGCUCAUCAGCACAAAGGUUUCCGCAAGCAGUCAUCUCAUUCCGAGGAUUCUGGCUCAGAAAAAAUGGAUGCAGAGAAAUUCAGUCCUUCUGACGUGUCAGCUGCUAAAUACAAGAAGACCAACUCUCUGCCCAACCAGAGUGCUGCUACAGGUGAAGUGCUAGUUGAAGGUAACAGAGGAUAUGAACAGACUCCAUCUGCCAAAGAGGAAACAGCACCCUACUGUCAAGUGAAGUCCAUUCUAAAGAAGAGUGUGACCAUGCAAUACACUCCAUCUGCUGUUUACCAUUACAGCGAUGCUGGAGGAGGAAGCAUCCACCAUAAUAAAGUCAAUGCUAUUUUCCAAGCUGCUAAAAAGGAUCUGUUGCAGGUCAUCCAAAUGCAGGACCCCAGUCUGUUGGAAGGAAGGGUGACACUUCGUCAGGUCAAAGCUGGUUCUGUUGUUGGCCACCAAGGAGACCAGGAUGUGAGUGUGGCGUUCGUCAUCUCUGGGCUGCUCCACGUGUACCAGCGCAUGAUAGAUCGAGAGGACGAGAGCCUGCUGUUUGUCACUCACCCUGGGGAGAUGGUGGGUCACCUGGCCGUCCUCACAGGGGAGCCCCUCAUCUUCACUGUGCGUGCUCACAGAGACUGCACCUUCCUCUCUGUGUCCAAGGCCCAUUUCUACGAGAUAAUGCGUGAGGAGCCGCGGGUGGUCCUGAACGUAGCUCACACUGUAGUGAAGAGGAUGUCAUCAUUUGUCAGGCAAAUCGACUUCGCCCUGGACUGGGUAGCAGUGGAGGCUGGUCGAGCUGUUUACAGACAAGGAGACAAGUCAGAUAGUACCUUCAUCGUACUCAGCGGGCGACUUCGCUCUGUCAUUGCGAAAGAUAACGGGAAGAAGGAGCUUGCUGAGGAGUAUGGCCGUGGCGAUCUGAUUGGUGUGGUGGAGGCAUUGACACACAUGAACCGAGCCACCACAGUCCACGCUGUCCGAGACUCGGAGCUGGCCAAGCUGCCUGAAGGAGCUCUGAACUCCAUCAAGAGGAGAUAUCCUCAGGUUGUCACCAGGCUGAUUCAUGUUCUAGGACAGAAAAUCUUGGGCAACAUGCAGCAGGUCAACGGACCUCUGACAGUUGGAGCGAAUGUUGGAGAGCAGCGCUGUGCGAGCUCAGAAGCAGCUGGUGUUGCUGCACAGGGAGGAUGGCCCUCCACCCAGCGGGACAGCAGAGUGGCUCAACAUGCGGAGCUGGAUCUGCAGACACCAUCACCUGUCCUGCCCCCGCAGAGUCUUCUCCAGAAGGAGUCUACCAAAGCUGAGAGAGCUGUACCAGCGUGUGUUUGAAAAAUGUCCAGAUCGUCACUCGGACUUCUCCCGCCUGGCCCGGAUCCUGACAGGAAACAGCAUCGCCCUGGUGCUUGGUGGAGGAGGUGCCAGAGGCUGCUCUCAGGUUGGCAUACUGCGGGCUCUUAACGAGGCUGGGAUUCCUGUCGACAUGGUAUGUGGCACCUCCAUCGGCUCCUUCAUGGGAGCGCUGUACGCUGAAGAUAAGAGCAGCAGUCGCAUGAGGGUUCGAGCUCGUGAAUGGGCCAUGGGUAUGACUUCUCACUUCAAGAGGAUCUUAGACCUGACCUACCCUGUCACCUCCAUGUUUUCUGGAGCCUCUUUUAACUACAGCAUUAGCUCUGUCUUUAAGGACAAACAAAUUGAGGACCUGUGGUUACCGUACUUCAACAUUACAACAGAUAUCACUGCUUCCUCCAUGAGAGUUCACACUGAUGGAUCGUUGUGGCGUUAUGUUCGUGCCAGCAUGUCACUGUCCGGCUACCUGCCUCCUCUCUGUGAUCCCAAAGAUGGACACUUACUAAUGGAUGGAGGGUACAUCAACAACCUUCCUGCCGACGUGGCUCGUUCAAUGGGAGCCAAGGUUGUCAUCGCCAUUGAUGUUGGAAGCAGGAAUGAAACCAGUCUGACCAACUACGGGGACUAUCUGAGUGGCUGGUGGCUGCUGUGGAAACGGUUAAACCCACUGGCUGAGAAGGUCAAGGUCCUGAACAUGGCAGAGAUCCAAACGCGGCUUGCUUACGUGUGCUGUGUGCGGCAGUUGGAGCUGGUCAAAGACAGCAAUUACUGCGAGUACAUCCGGCCGCCCAUCGACCGCUACGGCACUCUGGACUUUGGCAAGUUUGACGAGAUCGCUGAGGUAGGAUACCAACACGGGAAGACCCUGUUUGACGUGUGGCACCGCAGCGGUGUGGUGGACUCCAUGCUGAGGGACAGACACCAGGAGGAGUUCCAUAAGACCAAGGCUGGUCACGUGGUGACCUGUCCUAACGCCUCCUUCACUGACCUGGCAGAGAUUGUGUCCAGAAUUGAACCAGUGAAGAAUGCUGUUAUAGAGGAGGAGCUGUCUGAUGAGUACCAGACAGACUAUGAUGAAGAGGCUGUGGAAAGCGCUCUGUCUGACUUUGAGGCCUUCACUCCUGGCAGUGAACACACAGAGGGAGAGGAGACUGCAGACACUGCUGAAACUGACGAAGAGAUCCCAGUCCGGCACCAGCCCAAAACUGCCCCACAAAACACUCAUCUGUGAUCUGUGACAACCACCGUAAUCAUGACAAUCUGUCAGGACUCUGUUAGCUCAGAUCCAUUAUGAAGUCAAGUCUGCAGACCUCAGCUGGAUGCUGCUGAUGGGUUCAGUAUCUGGAGCUGCUUCCAGACCGUCAGAGGUUCCUGUGGUGCUUCUUAGCAAGAGACAUAUUAGUUCUACAGAGACCACUAAUUUAGAGUAUCAUUGAGAGUGUCAUUUAUUUCAAUAAUUCAAUUCAAAACAUGAAAGCAUUAUAGCAGUGUUUCUCAACCCUGGUCCUCAAGGUGCACUGCCCUGCAUGUUUUAGGGGUUUCCCUAGUUUGACACAGCUGAUUCAGAUGACUGCAGUUCAACAAAAGCCUGUUAAUCAGUUAUCAAUUUAAAUCAUCUGUGUUGAAGUAGGGAAACAUGUAAAACAUGGGAUCAGGUCUCAGUGGCAGCAGCCUAAGCAGAUAAACCCAGACUUCCCUCUCUCCAGCCACUUGGGCCAGCUUAUCCGGGGGAAUCCCAAGGUGUUCCUAGGCCAGCUGAGAAACAUAGUUCCUCCAGCGUGUCCUGGGUCUUCCUCUGGGUCUCCUCCCAGUGGGAC